GUCAUGGAGGCGCUUUUGAACCCGCUGACGCCGUCGCAGAGCUCGGUCGAGCGUAAGGGCCGCCACCGCCUCGCCAAAGUCCGCUACGAGACCGAGAUGGACGCGCUGCGCCGCCAGCAGUAUGCGCUCACGAUGGAGCUCGAGACACUCGAGUACGCGCGCAAGCUCCGCUCGAGCAAGUCGGUCUGGGAAGGCUUUGCGCGCCGCCAGGCCCUCGAGCGCCAGGCCGCCGUCUUUGAGAACGCGCAGCUCAAGAAGGUACUGCAGCACCACGCCGACGUCCUUGCUCGGCUGCGCGCGGUCGUCGAGCCGGCGACGAUGCCACAUAUGGACGACGACCUCGUCCUUGACCACGUCGCGCUCCCGCGCAACUGGUCGAACGUGACGCUGCACGAGCGCCUCGACGCCCAACGCGCGCUGCUGCCGUCGACCUUCCGCAAGCACGGGCUCGACUGCCAGCACGACUCGUGGAAGCAAAUCGUAUCGCGUGUCGAUACCGCGACAGGCGAUAUCGUGCUCGAGAUCUCGACCUGCCUCACCGUCCACGCGGGUUUCGCCGACGUGGGCGACGCCAUGAGCUGCAUUUACACGCCCAAGCAACCGCUCCACGUCGAGAACCGCUCGAUCGAGAUUCUUGAAAUUCUGGAUGCGUCGUGCCACAUUGGCCAACAUGUGCACUGCGUCGCUGGUGAGACGUACCGGCGGCGGUUCGCGCGCAAGUGCACCGCGCUCCACGACCGCAUUGUCUUUGUCGAGCAGACGAUCGAAGCCGAUCACUGCGACGUGCCGUACACAGAGACCAAGUACGAAGCGCUCGAGUUUGCGACCCGCGAUGUCUGCCAGUGGAAGAUGUUUCGCUGCGUGCGCCUGCCGCCGCCUGUACGCGACACGCCGGCGCUGGGAGAACUGCAGCGCGAGCUCAUGGCGUCCUUUGCGGCCAGCAUGGACAACGUCAUUGAUGCGCUCGAGAGCGUCGUGCAGUCGCUCGCCCGAACCAAAACGCAGGACAACCACCAACUGCGAUGGCUUUUGUACGAAGGCUAAGAUAACUAUAAGCUCUACUAGAUCAACACUGUUUCGAU